AUGGACGCAACACCAGCGCCCUACGGCACCACCACACGAACUCCCACCCCCGCCUCCGCCUCCGCCGGCCCGGUCCCAACGACCAUGCCGGCGCCCGCGCCGACGCCCCCUUCACAUGAAGCUCACCCUUCAUCAUCAUCAUCAUCGGCGGCGGCGGCGGCAGCAGCGGUAGCAGCAGCAGUGGCGUCGUCGGCAACAGGGGCACAAAGCCGCCCCUGCGACAUAUGCCGCCAACGCAAGACACGCUGUGUCCGCGAAGAGGGCCGCGACAAGUGUGUCAUGUGUUCAUUCCAUGGCCAGCCCUGCACAUAUCUCCGCGGCCCGCUCCCGCGCAAGCGUCGGAAGGCCACAGAUCCCCCGGAGGUGCGGCCCCAGACCAAUGGGUCCGGCAGUGCGGCCGCUGCUGGUCCUCCACCAGCUCCCAUGCCGCUAGAUCCCCAGGAAGAGAUAACACACCCUUCCCCGGAACUGCUCGAGGCGCUCUCUCCAUCACUAGCCGGCUCCGAGAACAUUGCCCACUUCAGCCCUCAACCCUCCCUCUUAGACGGCACUCUCGGCCUACACCUCAAAACAAACUCCGAAUACGUCGGCAACACAUCCUACCGUGAACCCUCCCUCCUAGACCUCCACCGGCCCUCGGACCCUUCCGUUCGCUCCGUCCGCCGGCUCGACGACUCUACGGUCUUCCUCAUCCACCGCGACCGCGAGACCUCCUCGGAGCCACAACGAAUAGCCGACCUCGACGCCAUCGAGAAGCUCGUCCACCCCCUCGGCUCGACACUCGUCAACCUCUACUUCCGCAUUGUCCACCCCAGCUUCCCCGUCCUCCACAAAAAGGUGUUUCUCGAAAAGUACGCCCGCUCCUAUCACGAGUUCUCCCCGCCCCUCCUCGCCGCCGUCUACCUCAUCGCCCUCGACUGGUCCCUUUACGACCGCACUCUCGCCACCUCCUCAUGGCAGCCCGACCAGGCCGCCCUCGAGGCCCUCGCCCUCCGCACAAUGAGCGAUGACAUGAAGCGCCCAAAGAUCUCAACCCUCCAGGCCGGCCUCCUCAUCCAGCAGCGCUUCCGGAAUAACACCUGGACCUUCACCGCCCAGCUCAUCGCCCUCGCCCAGGGCCUCGGCCUCCACGUCGACUGCAGUGACUGGGCCAUCCCCGAGUGGGAGAAGGGGCUGCGGCGCAGGCUGGCGUGGGCUCUCUUCAUGCAGGACAAAUGGGGUGCCCUCGUCCACGGCCGCCCCUCUCACAUCCGCCUAGACGAAGACUGGGACGUGCGGCCGUGUCGUGUCGAGGACUUUCCUGAGACUGCCGCGGAUGAAGACUACGACCCCGAGGGCAGCGCCGAAGUUGUCGUCGGACGGGAGCUCUUCCUCCGCCAGAUCGAGCUAUCCCUCAUCCUGAGCGACGUGCUGGCCACCUUCUACACGGCCAAAGCCACCCGCCGCGGGGGCACCCUCGACCAGAUCGGCACCGUUGGCGUCGCAGAGCUAGCAAAGCCGAUAGUAAUGAUGUUGCGGGAAUGGUACGCCAAACUCCCAGAAGCCCUGCAACUCCAAGAGACCCGUCUCAAGAAGCUCUCCGCAAACGGCUCCCUCCACCUCUCCUACAUCUCAAUAGACCUCGCCCUCCACCGCUCGCUCGUCCGCAACAUCUCCUCCAACGCGCCCCCAGAGCUGCGCGCCGCCAUCCGCACCGGCGCCCGCGCCCGCCUCGCCGCCGCCUCCAACAUCAUCUCCAACCUGCAGAUGGAGCACAUCCAGUCCUUCUGGGGCUUCGCCGCCUCCGCCCAGCUCGCCGGCAUCGGCUCCUUCGCCGGCCUGCUCUGGGCCACCUCCGACGACGACGCCGAGGCCAUGUACUACGCCGACCGCGUCGAGGAGUACCUCUGGAGCCUGCGCGUGCGCGCCCAGGCCGCGCCCUUUGCGAGGGAGGCGCUGCGCAUGCUCGAGGCUGACGUCGGCGGCCUCGGCGCCGUGAGGGCCGCCGCGACGACGGGGCUGCACGGGGAGAUGAAGAUGUGA